CCUUAAUCAACAAAACAUAACCUUUAAUGAACAGUCUUUGUUAAUAGUUCAUGCCGACUCUCUGGUGUGGGUGUCAAUCUAAUACCUAAGUCUUAUUACUGAGAGCUACAGUACUGGGCUUUAAAAGCAUUCUUGGGGAAUGGGGGGCUGCAAAGGAAGGUCACAUUGCAGAACUGCUGUGGCAGGGAGCCCCACAGACCCUGAAGCAUAACUAAAGAAGUACAACUAUGAACACUUGUAUUUAUAAAAAGUCAGUUGGAGGGAACCAUUCCCCUCUAUUUCCUGGUACCUAUCCCUUUCCCACUCAGGAUCCACUCCUUGCUUUUUAUUUUUAGGCAUUUGCAGCCCACUUUUGUUUCAGUGAAGCCCACCCUUGGGAGCAUUCACAGCUCCCAAGCUUUCCUCAUGGGCAGAUCCCUAAAGUGGUGGGAUGCCUCAUCCUGGUUUCUCAAGAGAAGCGGCCCCAGCCCCUCCUCCUGUCCAGGGAGGAACUGCUUAAAAAAAACACCACCCUUAGCGUUCCCCCCACUCAUUUUUUUUUCCCUUUUCUUUUUGCUGGGGGCGGAGGAGGCUGUCUUUGAGGUUGCAUGCUCUUCUUCUGAACAUUGCAAGCGUCUGGCUUUGGGGUCGAGAGAGAGAGAGUCGUUCCCCCUCCUCGGAAACGGGGGGGUUGGGUAAAGGAGGGGGCUGAUCCGACUUCCCUCUGCCCGGAGGUGGAGAGUCGGAAUCCCACCCAACCAGCCGGAGCCUGGAGGAUUUAGGAAGCCUUCGCUAGGAAAGGGAUUUCAGAGAGGGAAAGCAGCCAGGGAGCAGCUUCCUUCCAACUUUCGCUGCGCGCCUCUUACAAAGAGCUUCCCAUGCGCCCCGCUGGACUCGCGGCGGCGGCGUGUUCCUCGCCUCGUCCUUCUUCUCCCGGGCGGGAGCCACGCCAGACGUCGCGGGCGCGCAGAUUCCGCGGGACAAAACGGUGGGUGCACCGACGCCGCGUGGCUGAUCGUCGGGGAUACUGUACUUUUUUGUUGUCUCUCUCUGCGAGGGAAGAAGGGAGUCUGGAAAACCCGGCGUCUGGGGACGGGGAGGAGGGAUGAGAGUUGGCCUCUGGUUCUUGGGGGUAGGAAGCAAGCGGUGCUCGUCUAUUCCGCUCCCUCCUUUCUCGUGUGCGCGCCCUCUCUCUUUCUCUAUUUGUAGGGGAAAGCUCCCCUACACAAGCAAGUGCGGGGUCUUUGCCCGAAAUAAGGCAGGGAACCGGCCAAACUGGACGCCUCGAGGGACGCGCGACUAUUCUCUCCCGCCGACGGUGAAAUGAAAAGCAACAGCUCGAGGGAAGCUGCUGUUUUGCUGGAGGAACAGACACGGAAAAGGGGAGGGGGCUGCUUCUUCUGCUGAACCCUUCUCCCUCCUGCUGCUUUUCCCUUUUAAACAUCGCUCCCUGCCAGGGGUGCCAACUUGAAUAAAAUAUUGGGGGGGGGGCAGGUAAGCCCCGCUCCGCAUAAUCGAUCACAUGAUCACACUAUUUGAAUGCCAGUGCUCACCAACUUUUUUUGGAGGGCAUCCAGUUCCCUCAAUUAUUUGGGGGGGAGGGGCCGAAGGGACCUCAAGCCCUGUGCUCCCUGCUGCUUUCUCAACUGCAGGUGUGCGAUCCCGUGUCCCGUCUGCUAUCGGCGGACAACGGCAUCGCUUGGAAGAAUCUCCACGUAAAUCCUUCCAAGUAAAUCCAAGUUUAGCACGAGUAGAUCAUAAAUUCUCGUGUGUGUCUGUGUAUUCCAUUCAGGGCACAUACUGUGGCAGAAACUUCCGUUCCUUUGAACUCAGUGACCCAUGUUGGAUGUGUUUAGGCUUGGUUGUAUCACUGAUGUCAUUGUUAGUCAUGUCAAAAGUAAGGCUGUGAUAUAAUAAUAAUAGUAAUACUGAAUUCUGUUAAUAGGGUUUGUUUCUGAUUUGCAGGAAGCUUACAAGGGGGUUAUAUAACGUCAGCUACUUGUUGAGCUUUCAUUCUAAUAUGUUUGCAAGGAAGUUGGUGUUAUUGUUAUCUUACACGUUUCAGUGCAUUUUCCUAUCACUUUCCUUAUUGCAAAAGUUUUUAAAAAGAAGAUUAAGGAAUCAAGUUUGUUGUUCGAGAGCACCAAAUCCAGUUUAAUCGCACAACCUGCAUUUGCUGAUAUGUGAUUGAAUCUCACCCUCAAAAUAGCAACAAUCUGAAGUGCCCUUUGCCAUAAUGUACCCAGACCUGUAGUGCUAUCCAUUUUUACUUAGAAGUGAGUUUCAUUCAGCUUACAGGUACAGUGGUACCUCAGGUUAAGUACUUAAUUUGUUCCGGAGGUCCGUACUUAACCUGAAACUGUUCUUAACCUAAAGCACCACUUUAGCUAAUGGGGCCUCCUGCUGCUGCUGCACCGCCGGAGCCCAAUUUCUGUUCUUAUCCUGAAGCAAAGUUCUUAACGUGAGGUAAUAUUUCUGGGCUAGCGGAGUCUGUAACCUGAAGUGUAUGUAACCUGAAGUGUAUGUAACCCGAGCUACCACUGUACCUGUCCUCCUCCUCACUGCCUGCUUUGUGUACAGUCUGCCUGGUGAAGAGUUCUGCAGAACGUGAAAACUUGCCCGACUUUUGGGACGUUCCAGUUGGUCCCAAUAAAAGUAUUGCCUAACUGUAAAUUUGGGGGAGUCUUUUUUUUUUUAAAAAAAUGAGUCAAUAGAUGUAGUUUCACCUUGAGCUAGCUGAAAUCCUAAAACUUUCAUAAAAUCGCAUAAUUGAAAGGGGCCUUGGAAGUAUCCAGUCCCGCCACCUGCUCUGUGUGAAUAUGCAGUGCAGAAUGCAACCACACAAUCUCUGAGAAGCGGCUAUCCAGACUCUACUUACCGGUAUAUCCAUCAAGUGAAUGAGAGAUCAUCACCUCCCAAGGCAGCCUUUUCCAUUGCCAAACAGCUGUUAAACAAUUAGGAAGUUUAUCUCCAUGUUGAGAUGAAAUCUGCCUCCUCGCCAUUUCCAGCAAUUUCAGCUAUGACCCUGGUCUGGAUUGGGGUCCUACACUGGCUGUUUGUGAAAGAAAAACACAAUUAGUGCAAAGUGUAGUUCUGAGCCACAGUCUAGCCAAAAUUUAGCACUUAAUGUCCCCCAGCUUCUUAAUAUUUUUUUUAAAAAGGUAAUUAAAAGACUAUUGAAAUGAAGGCAAUGUGGAGAGUGAACCUAUGCAUGUUUACAUGUUAGUAAGCCCUGCUAAAUUCAGUGGGACUCAAUUUCAAGUAAAUGUGGGUGACCUGGUUGGAUUGUACACUGAGCUUCUCCCCUCCAUAUUAUAUUCUGCGUUAGUUACAGAGGCAGUUCUAGUUCUACUGGUAGAUCGUACGCACUGGUGGCGGUGGCAGCGAGAUUUGAAGUAGACUAGCAAAGAUUUUGAUUCCCAGUUUUUUAACAAUGGCAGCAAGAAAUUGCCACCACCACCCCGCUGAAUAUGUUGCCACUGCUGUUGUUAUUCAUACUCAUACUCCCUUCCUUCAUCAUAUAGUCUCAGGAUGGGCUAAGAGGUAUCAGAGUAAUAAUAAAAAUCCAUUAAAGUCAUAAAAUUAAAACCACAAUGCCCAUCAAUAAUAACAUUAACAGAACAGCAGUACUGUACAGAGAAAAUGAAGAAAGUGGCGGGGGGGGGGUAAAAACAGGAGUGGGUUUUUUGUGUUGGAGGACUGUGAGUUCAGUUCAGUUCUGGUUCUCAGGGGCAGGGGGGAAAUCCUGGGCUCCAAAGUCUUCAAUUUGAAGACUAUAUCAAUUGCACCAUUCUCCAACUGGUAGAGCUUGGGGUUCUGUUAACAAACAAAGUCGUUCCUAGAAGCCUAAAUUCCCAGAGGCUGGAGAGUCCUGUCACUACUUCCCCCAGAUGAGGCAUCAUGACGCAUAGAAUGGGAAUUACUUGGUUUACGUGCCUCUGAUCAGGACUUUGCAGCAGCCUUUAUGGCUUGCAGUAGCUUUAUUGCUUUGGUGAUUGUUGACCCUGUGGAAAAGAGACUUGGGUAUUUCUGAUAAUAACAAUAAAAAAGUAGUAGUAGUAAUUUUAAAUUUUAAGGAAAGUAGUCUUGCUUAUGUUCCAACGACCAAACAUUUUUCAGCAUCCAGUAUGUACUCUAUUAAUUUUAUAGCUGUAAGUUCUCUAAAAAUCUCUAAUCAUACAUGUUUGGAUUUUCCUUACUGAUAUCAAAGCAAUUUAUUUCCAAAGAAAUAUGCUUAGGGAAAGAUGGGGCGGGUUUAGCAAAAGCAAAUGGAAGUUGUGUAAAUAAACAGACUGAUUUUAAAGGAACGGAAUUUACCUUCACAAACAUUUGUUUAAAAUCAAUUAUUUAAAUAAUAAAGAACCCCCCCAGUCCUGAAUGUAUUGAGCUGGAUCCAAAGGUGGUACGAUUAAGAUAGAUCUGUAUGCUUCUGCUUUUUAUUUUUUAAUACCUUUCAAUACUAUUUUACGUGACUGUAUUUUAUUGUACAUUUGUUGCCCUUUCUCCUUCUUUGCUACUUUGCUUAUAGUUUUAUAGAAUGGCUGGAUAUAAGUUUGCAAAUGAAUGAAUGAAUUUAAAAGUUUAAUUUGGAUUUCUGUCUAGAAUUAAAAGUUCAUAAGGCUCUUAAUCUCAGGGUUGUGGGUUUCAAGCCCCAUAUUGGGCAAAAGAUUCCUAAAUUGCAGAGGGUUGGACUAGACGACGCUUGUGGUUCCUUCCAGCUCUGCAAUUCUAUGAAAAUAUACAAAUAAAUGUUUCAGUUUGCCAAUAUUGCAACAUAAAUAUUGGCUUCUUUUUUAUUGUAGGUGAAAUAAGUCCAUCAGCUACUAUUGAAAUACAGAAGAUUUCCCAAUACAGAAGAUUUGAAGAUGGAAGCGUUUCAUUUUGAGAUGGUCUUGGUGCUUCUCAUAACUGGAUUUGUCAUCAUUGAUGGUUCUGACAUCUACCAGUCAAACCUGACUAACCCUGUCACAACUUCCUCUGAAACAGAAUCCAAGCUGUUCUUCCCUACCCAUAAACCCAACCGCACCUAUAUCUAUUGUUCACAACGUCCUAAAAUUAUGGACACUUUCAAAUACAUCAAUACAGCAAUAUCCUGUGCAGUGUUCAUCAUUGGGCUUGUUGGCAAUGCAACCCUGCUGCGGAUUAUCUACCAGAACAAGUGUAUGAGGAAUGGCCCCAAUGCGCUGAUAGCUAGCCUGGCCCUGGGAGACCUAAUCUAUAUCAUCAUUGAUAUCCCUAUCAACAUAUAUAAGGUAAAACACCACAAUGUUUACAGUUUGUGAACUCAUUUUACAGUAUGCAGAAGCUGACUUGUGGAGGGCAGCUGAAACACUGAUGUGAAGGAAGAGGGGGGCAGACAGAUGAUGCCCCUCACUCCUCGCAGCGUAUAAAUAUGUUCUUGUUGUUGUUGUGAUCCAUUAACUGUAAUGGCUUGGGGAGGACAGGUGAGCAUCGACAGCUAAGCUCCAGGCAUUCAUAGAUAAUAUAAAUUACCCAAAACUAUGGAGCUAGACAGUGGAAGCAUGUUUCUCCUGCAUCUCUGUGGUUGAUCAUCUGUACACAAUAGGGGAUGGAGGCAUUGUUUAAUGGUCAGCCUAUUCCCCCUGCCCCAACUUGGCAAUCAGAUUCUAGAAGGUGUUGCUGAGGGGCUGCUAUUGUCAUGCCAUUUGUGUCACAGUAUUCACUGGCUGUUGUAUUUCUCCCUUGUGCUAUUUAAAAACCUUUGUGAGAUGGCAUCUGUAGUGUUGAAGUUGAGUGCUGUCAUUAUGUGGAUGACAUUCAGCUCUAUCUUACCAGAUCCAGAUGCAGUUGUGGACAUCACAAACCAGUGCUUAAAACCAGUGAUGGACUAGCUAAGGGAGGCCAUCCUACUCUCUUUCUCUCACACAAGGCACACAAUCCCUCUAUUCAGCUGAUCUUCCCAGAGUAGCUGAAGAGGGUUAUUGCCCAGCUUUAAUUUUGUUUUCCUCUUUGCUGUCACUGUCAAAGCUGGUCUUUGGGCCAGAACAGUGCUAUUUUUCUAGAAAAAGAGGAGCCAGAGCUCACCAUAAACACCUCCCUCUUUCUAUUAGAAUGGCAAGGGCGCCCACCUGAGAAGUGCUGGAACUCACCUGAGAGGUGCCGGACUGAGUUCUAGCGAGUUCUGGCUGAAAAAAAGUCCUGGGCCAGAACAAAAUGGCUGCCAAACUGGAGGCUAGCUGCUUCUGCUCUACAGAAUUUGAGGUGGAGGUCUUCCGCAUCAGAUGUUCCCUGACCCUUUUAACUAGAGAUGUUAAAAUAUCUAGAGAUGUUUUAGCCAGUAUCUGGGACCUUAUGCUAUUUGCCCUCACACUUCCCUUGCCAUCUCUGCUAGCAUUUAGGCUCUUUGUGAAUUCUCUCCUGCUCUCCUGAGUGUUUAAUGGCUCUUUACUUCCUCAUUUUAUCUGCUAUUUUUAUGUUUUUAUUUGCUUUUUUAUCUUUUUGAUCUGAAUUGUAUUUAGUAUAGUUAAUUUUUGUAAGCUGCCUCCUUGAUCUUUUAUGGUGAAAACCGGGGAAGAAAUGCCACCAACAAAUAAAUAAAAUUUCUGCAUGGUGCCUAUUUAAGAAACAUCACAUCUAUGUGGAGAGCAAACAUGCUCUGUUUUCUAUGCUAGGCUACUAUGAGAUCCACACUAAAGGAGAACAUAGUGACUGUACCUUUAUCAUAACACAGGGGGAAAAACAGCAAACUUGUGUAAAGAGUAUAAAAGCAAUGUAAAAACUGGGAUAAGGAAAAGAUUUAGCUAUACUGGGCCAAAUUUUCAAGAUGGGAAUCAAUUGUAUUUCUGCGGAUAAGGGAGACUAUAUAGUGUGCCACUGAGGUUGAAAAGACCAUGAUGGUCAAAACAACAACAAUAAAUGAAGAGUGGUUUAGAAAUAAUAAUAAUAAUAAUAAUAAUAAUAAUAAUAAUAAUACCACCACCACCACUGGGAGAUUCAUUUCAUGGUAUCUUUUUCAGAGACUUGGCCAAGUAAACUAUAGCUAUGCAUGAUGAGAAUAUUCUCUACAAGACAAAGUAACACUUCCAGACUGUCAGAAUGAAUGUGUUGGAGUUCUGAUUUAUGAUGUGGUGUUGGCCAUGACUCAAGUUUAAAACUGUAGGGAGUGCUGGGAUCAGUCUUAGUCACUUUGGAUUAUGUGACAGAAUAAUAAACCCGAAUAAACCACUUUCCCCACUCCUUUUAGACUUCACUGAAGUUCAUGAACCUAAUGGUUUUCCUACCACCCUUCCUAGUAUCGCAAAAUGAUGGUUAUAUCUGUGUGUAAUAUGGCGUCUGUUCUUGGUGAGCUUUUAGUUGUAAUGAAACUACAGUUUCUAUACAUGGUGUGCAGAUGCCUGGCAAUAAUCAAUCUCCGGGCUUUUUUAACCUCGUUAUGAGUGUGACAUCUUGAACUCCUUUAAAGGCAUGUUACAGUUAUGGCACUGUAUACCAUUGUUUAAGUUUCUUUUGCCCCAUAUGCAGAACAUCAGAGGUAGUAGCCUCAGGGCCCUGCUCAUACACACAUACUGACAAGUAGAUAAUUGAAUGUGUGAACUGACUCCACCGAAAAACAGUGUGCGCUUGGGUUAUGUGUGAUGCCACGUUCAAACAUGCCAGUUGUCCCUCGACAGUGUGGUCAGCAUGCUUGUGUGAACCAGCCUGUGGGACCAAAAUAGAUGUGAUGGGGGAAGUCACAUGUGUUUUUUGCAUGUGUCAGAUCCAUUCACAUAUGAGUGAGAGGGUGGCAAUCUUUAAGAGAACAAAACACACACACACACACACACACACACACUUUCCUUGCCUUAUCUCACUGCACUCCAUUGCUUUAAGCAAUUUCCUCCCUGCCUGGCUUAUGUCCAGUUAUCAGAGAUGGGCUGAGAGAAAGCUGCUGAAAGCAGCAGAGUGCAAUAAAGUAAAGCGGGGUGUAUGUGUGUUUCACUUCUCUCCUUCCCAUGUUCCUGCCCAUAGAAAAAGGAGCCCUUCACACCCUUGCUCUAAAUGUCCCAUGUGGCGUGCAGGGAUGAGGGAACUGAAAAUAAAACUGCCAAUAUAAUAAUGCAAUUAUACAAUGCUAUUGUAGAGUUGGAAAAAAGUUCAGAAAAGGGCAACCAAACUGAUGGAGCAACUCCCCUGUGAAGAAAGAUGCACGCAGAAGAGGCACAGGUUCAAUUCUUGGCUUUCCAAGUAGGACUUUGAAAGCCCCUGCCUGAAUUCCUGGAGCAGCCCUGCUACUCAGUGCCAUAUUGAGCUUGACGAACCAACGGUCUGACUUGGUACAGGCAACUUGCCCUGUUUCCCUAAUUUACCACAGUAUCAUAUACAUGUUUAUUUGGAAGUAAGUCCCACUGUGUUCAGUGAGACUUUCUCCCUAGCAAGUGUGCUUUGGAGCCUUUUCUCCUUAAAGCAUUCAAAUUUUAGAGGCUGGUGUAUGCAUUUUAUGAGCUGCUUUGCAAGUUGUCCAGCAAUAGAAAGAUUGACACAUUAGCCAGGAACAACCAGCCCAUGCAUGAUGCUGCCUUAUAUAUCUUCCCAAUUUAGCCCAGUAUUGACUACUCUCAUCAGCAACACCUCUUGAAAGAUUCAGAUUAAAAAAAUAUUUCUAGCCCAGCAGACUUUUUUGUUUUUAAGUGGAGUUGUGAAGAAUUAAAUCUAGGAGCUUCAGCAAGAGAAGCAUACGAUCUAUCACUGUCCUCUUGCCUCUUAAACGUAGGACUCUUUGGGUGGUGGAAGCAUUUUUUAAAAAGCAAAAAACCUAUGAACUUUCACAUUUUAGUUGAGAUUUUAUGUUGGAAAAACAGACUUGCCUUUCCUAAAAACUGGAUUAAAAUCUUUCUGUCAUUAUUCCAGAAUUGUUUCUUUCUUCAGUCCAAUGGAUCUGGUUAUAAAACCUUUUUUUUUUUGCUUAGCGUUCUUUGAAGAUGAAUUGAGUCCUAACAGACGGAUGCUCUGGCAUUAGUACAAAGUUUUGGUUUUGUUUUGAAUAAAAUUUAGCUGUAAAUGGUUUGGGCCAGACUUCCUCCCACACGGUCUCAACCACAAGCCAUGGCGAUCGCCCACAGAUCACUCCCUGUCACUUUCUCUGAAGUUGUGAGAGAUAGAGAUUGUCUGCAUGUACAUACACAUAGUGCACAUGUAUGCCCAAGCCUUAAUUUUCUCUAGGAGUUGAGUUGAGUUGAGUUGAGUUUAGUAUGUGUGUACAUAUAUACAUUAAAAAAAAAGGAUUCUAAGAAAACAAAUUGUGGGCCCUAUUUAUCUUCUAAAGAAAUAAGGCACAGAAUAGAGCUCUGCAAGUGGAACUUGAAACAAAAGUUUGUUCAGCUAGCCAUGCCCUUUUCCAGGAUACUUCAUUCUGUGUCCCACUUCUAUGGUUUUCCAUUUUUUCACACUCAGCAUUCUACAACCACUGACUAUUCUUGUGCCUCAAUGGAGUUUUUGGAGGUGUUUUCAUUCCCCCCUCCAUACAGUAUUUUCCUCCUAAAGCUUGCUUGUACUUUUGCAAACCUUGGAGGUCCUUCAAGCUUACUGAAACCCACUCUUUGGAAGUUGUAUGUGGAUGAUGUUGUUUUGGCUACAUAAAGAUCAGCACUUGAUUAAUCUGCUAUUAGUAUAUAGGAAGACCACUAUCGGUCAAGCAUCAGCCACCAUGCAUCACUAUUAGUAUACAGGGUUGCUGCUAUCAAUCAGCUUGUUCUUUCAAUGUAACAUUUGCAUGUUCCUUUAAUCCAGCCAGUAUGUGAGCUACUAUGAAUGUAUAAUUCAUUAAUCAGCAUCUCUGCUUCCAUGCAAGGGUUAUAUGGCCCCUUCAUAGUUACACAGUGCUGUUCAACUGGGGUGAGAUGGGAAAUUGGAUAAAUGCAAGAAUGUUAAUUGCUUAGCCUCUACUACAAAAUGCAGGUGGGGACAGAAGCUGUGCCAAGACAGUCAUAGCUAGUAGCACUGCAGAGUCUGCAUAUACACUUUUAGGAUGUUUGCAUUUCCUGUUGAAACGUUCCUCUGAUCACUUCCUCCAGCUCUCAAAUUGUUGGUCAGCCAGAAUUUUCACUUGGGAAUAUUUUAACUGAUUCCAAGAACGAGAUACAGUCCACCUUUUUUACACCAGCUGAUAAGCAUACCAGGAAGAAGGAUGGGUUUGCUAUCAUUCUAAAUACAUGUGUGUGCGCGCACGCAAGUGUAAUGUUGCAUGGACAGAAUCAUUAGUCAAUGGGGUAGAGUAGACCUAUGGAUCCCAGCCCAAAAACAGUUACAUGGAAACAAUACAAAUCCAGUUGAAUGUGCCUGUUUCCAUUGCCACAUGGCUAGAAAUGUGCUCCCUGGUCCACACCAUGUACUGCCGAUUUGGUUUGUGCAUUCAAAAUGUACACUGUUAUUAUGCCUUCCACACGAAUCACCCAUGUUGGAUCAUUGCCAGUAACUACCUCAUAUAAAAGCCUCCUGAAUGGGUCGGGGCAUAGUCGUUACAUUUUUUGUGAUAUAUUCCAAGGGAAUCGAGAUUGCCAUUAUUGGGAACUGAAUCCAGGACUACGUGGUUCAGUCCAGCAAGAGAACUCCUAUGUUCCUUAAAUCCAUACCAUCUUAAAACCAGCAGAGUUUGGAAGGUGGCUGUGUUCCAAAGCCAGAAGCUUUAACCGACCAUGUUCAAAAGUAGCAUGCACCUUCCAAAGCAUGGUUGGAAAUUGAUUUCCCUCCUCUGGAUCUUACAGUCCAUUUUUAAUCAGCAUGCUUGCAUAGAUGUUUAAAGCAUCUUCCACAGAAGCGUCUUCUAUACAGCAGUGCAAGAACGGUGCCAAAAAAUUUUAUAAAUAAACUGAAGCCCACUUGGUGACAUUUAGAAAUCAUCCAAAUGGAAUGUUCUGUCUUGUUUAUUACGGCUUCACAGGGUUGAACGUGGAAAACGCAAGAUUAGAGGGAGGGGAUAUUCAGGAAGUUGUGGCUGUCUGGUUAGUUUUCUUGAAUUCCAGCGGCAGAGUAUUGAAAUAUUUCAAAAGUUUCUGAUUUUAGCAUACAAAUAUGUGGACAGAAUUCCACUCUUGUCAGACAUUGCGCUGCAGAUUUGCCUUGAAAGACAAUAGCUUUGAAAUCACAGUAAGACUGGACAGUACUGAACAGUAAACCUUCCUCCCUUGUGAAGCUUUUGAAAGACCAGGCCCCAAGGAGCUGUUCACAAGAGAACUCUGCAUCCAUUUGAUAUACACAUAGAGUGUGCAGCUGAACUGGCCCUGUAUCUGCCAUCUGCAUAAGGAAUAUUUGGGAAGAAGAAGAGUGUAUACAUGUACAGCUGUAAGCACAGAGCUCCUUGCCCUGUUGUGAAUCCUGCACAUUCACAGAAUCACAGAAUUGUAGAGUUGGAAGGGACCCUAAGGAUCACCUAGUCCAGACCCCUGCAAUCUUGGAAUAUGCAGCUGUCCCACCUGGGGAUCAAACCUGCAACCUUGGCAUUAUCAGCACCACGCUCUAACCAACUGAGCUAUCCAGUGAGCUCAGUUAAGGCUUCCCUUCCCAAGGUUCCACUCAGUGAGUGAACAAAGCAGGUUGAGCCAGAAGGUGCACUCAUAUAAUUAGCUGGGAGCCUGGCAUAAAUAUAUUGCCUCGUACACAUGGGCAAUGUCUUCUAUACCCGGGUUUAGGAUGACUGUAACCACACAGGCUGCAGAAUGUAUCAUCUGUAAAAUGUCUUUGAUACAUCCAACCGUUCAAAUGUGACAUCUGGAUGGAUCUAGAAAGCCAACAGAGUUUGAAGGCAUAGGAUCUGAAAUCUGUUUGCAGACUAAAUCAGAUGUUAUCACUGAAUGAAUGGAAAAGCAGACUACAGAAAUGUAUGUAAUCUCUGUUGUCAAAAAGGGCCAAAUCAGAUGUUUCUUUACUAGUGGGAUUAGUAACCCUAUCUGUAUUUUAUAAAAAUUAUAAAAUUCCAGGACUGAGAGGGCCCAUUUUUCAUUAGAACUGCAGCCUACAAGCAUCUUUCAAAUUAUUUCUCUGUGCCAGUCGUGGUGCCCAUAUUGUUCCAGCAGGGGCCCCUUUGUGGCAGAUCUAUCUAUGGUGGGAUUACAGUCAAAUUUAAGAUUGCCUCCCAGCAUGGUGUGUCACUCUGCAAAUCAAUGCAGUGUGUGUGUGUGUGUGUGUGAUUUUUAGCAUUUUAGCCACAAAUGUAUGUUGCCCCACAUUGGAGUGUUAUACUGAGGCCAAGGUGCACUGUUUGAGCUUCAUUCCCAAGUACUGGAAGUUCAAGAGAAAGAGGAUGUGUGCUGCCUUCUUUGUCACUGCUCUGUGUAACAUGCCAUCUCCGUUUUCUAAUGAUAUUGGAUCCUUUUAGCCUGCAUAAGCAUAUCUAUUGACAUCUGGGAGCAAUUCUUCCCACCUUUUGAUUAAGAAACUGAUCAUAUCCUCCCCAUCAACAGAUUUUUUUCCAGACCUCUUAUGCAAAUAUUCCUUCUUUUCCUGUCUUUCCAAAUAAUAAAACUUAAGCUCCUUUAUUUUGUAAGCUUUGAUCACUGUUUACACUUAUCUCUAAGGAUACAAUAGAAUCCACUUCCCCCCUUCUUUAUUGAAGGUGCUGAUGCGAGAUUCUAAUUUUUUUAAGCCCCCUGCCUUUUUUUAAUAGCAGAGCCCUCAAUGACUGUUUAUGUGUAUGGGGGGGAUCAUUUCCUUCAGUUUGUCUGUGGUGAAACAGGCAGCAUCAAACCUGGACCUUUGACUGUCUUUGCAGCUGUCAUUGUGGAGGCCAGCUUUAAAACUGUUUCCUUGCUCACUGAAAGUAAUCAGUGAGGUUGUGUUCCUUAGCUGGCUGCACUCCCUCCAUCAUUCCCUGUCUACCAGCUUCUGAACACCUGAUUGGUGGUACAGGGUUUCAGUAGCUAAGACUUAAUAGAGUGCGAGACAGAGCAGCUAGAUUAUUCAACUAUUCUCUGUCGCACACACUUGUGUGCGCCCCAGUUUUACAUGAUUUUAGACUGUUUUUAAGCUGUUUUUAAUGUCACUUUUUAUAUGAUGAAUUCUUAAUGUUAAAUAGAAAAGAAGUACAUGCACAUUUCAAAUCAAUAAAUGUAGGUGAAUCCCCCUUUUCAUUGGGACAAUCUGGGAUCACCUGAUGACUUUGGAAAAACGUACACUUUGAUAUGGAGAAUGCUAACUGAUUGCGAGGACAGGCAAGGUGAGAUUCAGGUAUAUGUUCAUUUUUUUCUACACUGCCGUUUAACAUUUCCCAUUAUUUUUCUUAUCCAUCCUUUAGCUUCAUGGUCAGUGGCCCUUUGGGAUGUCUCCUUUUGGGCAGUUUCUUUGCAGCUGUUUUCCUUUUCUUCAGAAAGCAUCAGUGGGGAUCACAGUCCUUAACCUCUGUGCUCUAAGCGUGGACAGGUAAAUAGUUCUACAAUUUCAUUCUAUGAACAAUUUCUCCUAGAACAAGAAUGAAGAGAGUCAAAAGUGUAAUGACUCUGGAUUUUGAAAGCUACAGCACUAAUGGCUGUUUAUGAUAUGAAGGCUGGAUUGCUAAUCCCAUGUACCUGGGAGAAAGCGCCAUUGAAUUCAGUAGGACUUACUUCUGAGUAGACAGGAUUGCACUGUGGCUGCUUGGUUUUAUUUUAAGGUUAAAGCUUUCAUCCUGUGUUGUAAUCGCAUGUGAUAAUUUUCUUAAUAGCUUCUAGACAAAGUAAUAGUGUGGAAAUGAUCAGGUCCUCUUAAUUGAGUGAAGCAUUUUUAAGAUGACAUGAUAUCUAGAUUUCUUAAACCAAGCGUCAAAGAUGUCCUGCCUGAAGGCAGCAUGCACCAGAGGCUCAAAUGCCCAGACCAGUCCCAUGUAUGGGUCUCUCCCUUGAUUGGACCCCAAUGGGCUGAUCAACUCCAGCCUCUUGCCAUAUGAUCUUUGGAUGAAGGGCAGAGUAUACAUUUAAUAAAUAAUAAUGAUGUUUGGCAAAGGAAUGGAGCAAAGCCAUUAGCCAAGGCCCGCAUUGUUGGGCACCUGUCAAGACCCCUGCCCCGUGAGGAUGCCCCAAUGGUUCUGCUCCUCCUUUUCUUCUUUUCAUUGCUGCCUGCUUGCCUGGUCUCUCCUUUUUGCUUCUUUGGGGUCCCCCAUACCUUCUGAAAUUAGACAUCUGAGGGAGAUGUGGCACCUCAGCUACAGAACACUCUCAUCUGAUCUACUUACACUUCUGCCUUUUGUAUCCCAGACAUAAGCUUUUUUAAAAAAAUUCCUUAGGACUGAAAAACAUCCGUUGAGCUAUUUCCAAACAGCAUUGAUUUUUUUUAAUUAUUAUUCUGAUGCAGCUGCUGGUUUCUUGUUCUAUCGUUUUAUCGAAUUGCUUAAUUUUAUUGUUAAAUUGCUUUGUUUUGUUUUUAAAAUGUUUGUAAUUGCUCUCCUGGGAAAACUGUGCUAUAAACAAACAAACAAAUUAACCCACAUUAUGUGAAUUAAGUCCUCUUGUUUAUCUUGCUGCGGUGUGGGAUUAUGUCCACAAUUGUCUGUAUAUUAUAGAAAGUUGUUUGUCUAUUCACUAUGCAUUUGGACACCUUAAGAUAGUGUAACCAAACAUUGAUUGCAUAAUAGUCUUGAGAUCAAGUAGCAGUUUUUUUCAGUGUGAUUGGAUUCCAUUUUGAAUCAAGAUGCACUGAUUCAAAGCUGCACUGAUUUUUAUUAUGAGAGCCCAAAUAAUGCUGUUAAGCGAAAACCAUUCAAAUCUAAUGAUUAGAUGGAGACCCUUUCUUCUACACACUUGCAUGAUGAUAAUACCAAGAUUACAAAACAUGAAUCCACUCAUUUAUUGCCAUCUUAAGUUUCUCAUAUUGUAAAGAAUCAUGAAAUGCGCCUAUUAUGUUAAGCUUUCCUUUAAAACUCCACCUUUUAAUAAAGUAUUGAAGCUUGCAAUUAAUGCCUCUGUGUUUUAUUUUAGGUACCGGGCAGUUGCCUCCUGGAGUCGUGUUCAAGGAAUUGGAGUCCCCUUGAUCACCGCUAUUGAAAUCAUUACAAUUUGGAUUCUUUCAUUUGUCCUGGCUAUCCCAGAAGCAAUUGGUUUUACCACUGUUGAAUUUGAAUACAACGGCAACUUCUACGUUUCCUGUAUGCUCCUAACUAAUACCACAUUUUUGUCCGUAUGUAUCAAAAUACAGCCACAGUUGUUAUCUUUCCAUUUGCAAUGGGGCAGUCUGGAAUUGUGGGAUAAAAGGACUAAGAAUGGGAGAAGAGGCAAGAGCUGAGUGGAUGGAGGGAAAGGUUGGCUCAUAUGGAGAUGGAAAUAUGGGAAAGGUUAGGACAACACCCCAGGUGCCGAAGCAUAGCACAGUGGGAGAAAUCCAGAAUGUUCCCAUCUUUUUAAAAUAAAAUUAUUCAAAACUCUUUAAAUGUUAGCUGGCUUGUAUCAGCUGGUUCCUGACCAUGGUUUAGCCACUAGAGAUGUCCUUCCAGCUCAUAGACAGCCAUGAAAGGUUAUAGCGGCCUCACUCUGUUUACCUCUUUCUACUAAAAUCAUGUUAAUAACACCAUUCUCUUUCCUCAACACUUUUCCCUGGUUCCUGAAAAAGUUCACAUCUAGGGACUUCAAGUUUCAGUGGAAGGGCUGUUUAUGACUUUGUUUUCUUACCUUUCCCCUCCCUCAAUCCUGUUUGUUUCUACAGGAAUCCAGUAUCUUUUUCCCUGCAGAAGGAAGAACAUUGUGUGUGGUGGGGAGGAGGAAAGGUUUUGAGUGGGGGCAAAUGUCGGUAGGGAAAGUGUUAAAUAGCCUCUUCCUCUGUUAUCCCUCUGCUGAAACUCAUGGCCAGUGAAACUCAGAGGCUGCUAUUGUUUAGCCGAAUAAAACACUGUGCAAAAGACAUGUGCAACUGCUUAUAAUCUGUUUUUAUUAAAUACAUAAGGAAAUCCCACCCCACCCCAUUUCUUCCUAAGAAAAAUAGUCUGCCAUUCUGCCUUCCCAAAACAUUAUAAAAGCAAACUUUCAAUUGCAACAGGGUUCCUCCCCCUUAUAUUUUGGUGACAUCCAAGUCCAGAAUGUUAAUUUUUGUGUAGCUGAAUAAGAUAAUGUACAGCAGAGAGAAGACAUAGUCACAUAAGCUCCAAAUAAAUGAAUAGAGGAUUAAAAGGGAAAGCCUCUCCUUAAGUCUAGUAGCAAAUGUUACAAUAAAUCAUGUCAGCUGACUUUAGUAGAACUUUAUGGUUAUCUCAUUUUCAGUGGUCUUAGAAACCUCUUAGCUAUUAUUGUUUUUGAUAGCCCUUCUUUCAAAUAUUUGUGCUAGGAUGUAAAUCCCAAAAGGCCAAGUGCUUUAGGGAACAUGUGAAAGAGCACGUUUCCUGUAGAAGACUAGUUCCAUGUGUACUCGUACGGCAAACAAAAGAAUGCCUGUGUCACUUACAUCAAAGUACAAAACUUGAUGGAAGAUCCGUGUAAGCUUAAUUGCCAUAAUUAAUCAUUUACAGACAUCUUAGUUUAGCUUUUACAGCUUUAAAAUGCCCGAAGUGUUACUCCUUUAAAAUUCUAAAUUGGUUGGAUGCAGCCUUUGGUAUUCUUUCAUGCAUUGCUUUCCCCCCCUGUAGCACAGCAAUUUAGCGUUAGUGGGAGAAGAUAGAUUUGUUGUAUCUACAUGAGGUGUACUGUUUUGUUAGAACCAAGGAAAAUUCCUUCUUCCUAUGAAUUUUCAUGCUUUGUAUGAUGACGAAGAUCCCGGGUCCAAUCCCCUGCUGGCUUCUCCUGUUUAGAGGGCUAGGAAAGUAAAUGUAAGCAGUUGUGGUUUGGAAAGACCAAUUGCCUGAUUUAUUGUAAAGCAUUUUCAUGUGUUCAUAUGAAGUCAAGUGGGAAAGGAUCCAACAGCAUAAAAAUAUGGAGGGUGGGGCUAUUGAUGGCUACUAGACAAAAUGUCUGUGUUCUACUUCCAUUGUUGGAUGCAGUAAGCCUCUGAAUACCAGUUUCUGGGAAGCCCAUGUGAAGAGAUUGCUGUUGCCCUCAGGUCCUGCUUGCUGGCUUCUCACAGGCAUCUGGUUGGCCACUGUGAUAACACGAUCCUGGACUAGCCAAGCCACUGGCCUGAUUCAGCAUGCUUUUCUUUUAUUCACUGGAACACAGGAAGAAGCCGCCUUAUAUCCAGUUAGGCCACUGGUCCAUCUAGCUCAGUAUUGUCCACUUUGACUGGCAACACCUCUCUAGAGUCCCUGACUUCUUCUCAGCUUGCAAGCUUACAUUGAAUAUCACAUGUACUAGGCACUUGCCACAAAGGUCCGUAUAGUUAAAGCUAUGGUUUUCCCAGUAGUGAUGUAUGGAACCAUAAAGAAGGCUGAUCGCUGAAGAAUGGAUGCUUCUGAAUUAUGGUGCUGGAGGAGAAUCUUGAGAGUCCCAUGGACUGCAAGAAGAUCAAACCUUUUCAUUCUUAAGGAAAUCAGCCCUGAGUGCUCACUGGAAGGACAGAUCUUGAAGCUGAGGGUCCAAUAUUUUGGCCACCUCAUGAGAAGAGAAGACUCCCUGGAAAAGACCCUAAUGUUGGGAAAGAUUGAGGGCACAAGGAGAAGGGGACGACAGAGGACGAGAUGGCUGGAUAGUGUUCUCGAAGCUACCAGCAUGAGUUUGACCAAACUGCGGGAGGCAGUGGAAGACAGGAAUGCCUGGCAUGCUCUAGUCCAUGGGGUCACGAAGAGUCGGACACGACUAAACAACAACAACAAAAGGCACUUGUAGAUGAUUGCGUGGGCAGAUGUUUUAUACAUGGUUGCUGUAUUAUCGGUGGUUGUGUGAAGAGGCCUUGAAACAUGCAAAAUAGCCAGAAGGUUUGAAGUUUUUUUGUUGCAUAGAGAAAUAGUGACCAAGCCAACAAACUCAGACCAGUUCCUAGAGUCCUCUCAAGAGUAAUAAAAAGAUCUGGUGUAGUUACACCUUUAGGAAUCCACAAAAGCACAGUAACCACUUUCCUGCUUUGUAGUGCAGAAAUACAUUUAAUCCUGACCCUGCAGGGUGCUUAUCACGUCCAACUUCUUCAAGCACCUUAUGACAGCGUUCCAUGAAACAACAUGAAAUCAACAAGGAGGAGGACAGUUGUAAGGAAGGAGUUGUCUGGACAAUAGAGGUCUAAACUGAGGCAAUUCCCUCCCUUCUUCUCUGAGGCUAAAUUUGACCUGACAAUCUUUUGGUGUUAUUGUUUCUAAUUUGCUAUUUUUAUUGUUUUGAUUCCAUCUAAGUAGCUGAAAGAAGCAAACAGAUAAGAAUCCAUUUUGGUCUAAACUUUGCCCUACUUUAACGUGAAAUAUCUCAAGGGAAGCAUUUCUUUCAGUUCCAUGGCUGCCAACAGUUAGCUAACUAGCACUUUCUCACAGCAUUGCCAUUGAUUCAGUGGCAUCAUCUGUGAAAGAUCUUUGAAAUGAGAAAGUUUUACAUUCAGGCCCCAGGCUAAAGGGCCUGAAGUAAAUUGCUCUCCUGCGCAACUCCCUCCUUCCCUUACCCCCCCCGUCCCUCUUUUUCUCUCCUCCCCUCUCCAUAUAGCCAAAGCCUGCAAUUAUAAAAUGGCUAAAAAUAUUGCUUCAUUAAGAAUAUAUUAAUUUGUGGUAAAAGCUUUAAUCUUCCUCUUCCAAAGCUAGCUCUGCCGUUGAAAUAUGCAUAAACAGAACGGCAGACUUCUGACUCCUUUGAACAGUAGCAAAGAACCACAUGUAAUCCUCAGCUAUUAACAUCAUCAUAUUUCAGUGUGGGAACAGGGAAAAUGACAUCUGCUAAGAAUUAACAACCGAUGGGAAAAUAUUGUGAGAAAACAAGGAUUCCCCUUUAUACACAUACCUUCCGGUGACCAAUAAUCAAGAGAUAGGAUUAUGUUUGUGCAUGUGUGUUAUCUCUAGAAAUGGCAAAGAAAUGUUUAUCGUUAUUAGCAAAACUGUGAAGUGUUUUGUGAAAGAUACUCACCCAAAAUCUCCAGCAGCCUUUAACUUUAAUUGGGAAAUGUACUGGGAUGUCCCAGCCACCCGCUGCUUCUUGUCACAUAGUAAACAUACCAUGUAAAGGGUUACAUUCUGGCCAGGGGGGUUAAAGAAACCAUACAUUGAAAGUCACUGGAAACAGCAAUCUGGGCUCCACAUUUUCCAGACUAGUGCAUGCUUAAGUGGCCUCUUUCUGCCUGGUACAUGAGCAAGACAGUUAAUCUUGCUACUGAUAGCAGAGCACGAUUACACUUACAAGACAUUCUUAACCUGGACCUUUUGGAAUCAAAGCCAUUCGCAAAAGCCUUAAAAGGUAACAAAGCAGAGUUUUCACUGGGACAAGCUAUUUAGCAAGACUUCUAUUGCUCUUUGAUUUUAGCACAAAUGUUAGUAACCAUGUCACGGAUCCCUGGGAUUUGAAAGUUGAGAUUUGGGUCAGUUUUGCCUAGUUGCUUUCUUUCUGCACAUGCUUUCACAUCUACAAAGGGUCACAAGUCCCAAGCCAAAACAGAUUGGAAGGUGCCUUGACCUGAGUAAACAGGGCUGCCUCUAGUCUUAGGCAGACCACUUCAGGGGACAGAUGUUAGGGAGCAAAAGCAGCUUUCCUAAGCCCCCCUCUAGCUAUUUUUUCUGGGGCCACAUGGCCUAUUCUAGAGGACCUAAUCUUGUCUGCUGCCUCAGGUACUGUAGAAGACACUAUCUUGUCACAACUGGCAGUUGCAUUUGUGUGCACCCACGUACAUGCGAGUGUAAACAGGGCAGUCGAAUGGUAAUGAAAUGUUACGUUCUCCUACUGCUUGAUUUCUGAAUGUUGCCCUUGGCGGGUGUCAAUGCAAGAAGGCAUUGCAUUGAGCAAUAAGUUGUUCCGUUUUGGUUCUCUCCUCUGCAGUUUUAUGCCAAAGCAAAGGACUGGUGGCUCUUUGGUUUCUACUUUUGCAUGCCGCUUGCGUGCACUGCCUUCUUCUACACCCUCAUGACCUGUGAAAUGCUGAACAGGAGGAAGAGCAACCUGAGAAUAGCUCUCAGUGAACAUCUGAAGCAGGUAAGGAAGGGAGGGAGAUGCCUAGGAAACAUUUUCUGACGUCUGUUUUCCGUGCGUUAUCUUUCCGAACUUUUUAGAGCGAGCUGUAAUCAAAGGCAUUCCCAAAAUAGAAGCUAUGGCGAAAGAUGAGUUUUGACCCAAAGGUAUUCAGGCAAACUCAGAACAUAAGGGUAAUCUCAAGUGCAAGCAGCUGAUGCAGACGCAAUGCUUCAGAGGCCAGACAGGGUUGCUUGCUUUUUUAUAACGAGUGUGACAGCUUUGCUCGCUCACUUUCUAACCUUAAAAUCCUACUUUCUGGAUUCCUUGAACUCUAGUUAACAGUGUGCCAAAGAUACAUUCCUACAUUUUUGCUUCUCAACAUAUUAUCAUUUCUACUUUAGCCAAGUCUGAGUAACAAUACAUUUCUAGCAGUGAUAGGGGAUGAUUAAUGUAGUUAUUGAACGUUUUGCAAAUCCUGUUUGGAACUUCUUUUAAUGUUCACCUGGCUCCUGAGAUUGAUGUACAUCAGAAAUCCACUGCUGACCAUUCUGAAGCUGUACACGAUAAGAAGAGUUGGUGAGAAGGCUGCAGCAGCUGGCCAUUAGAAUGAGAGUGUUUCCAAACAGUUUAUUGUGGACUCAAGUUUGGUCAAGAGUGCAAGUUUUGUGCAGAGUCCACACAACUCCAUCCUCAACAAAAUGCAGCCCCAUACUAUUUUCCCACUUAAACUGGAUGCAUCAUUUCUGCAGAAAAUCCAAUAAAUCGCCGCUGCCAUCACUAUCAGAGAAAUGGUAAAUCCUGAAUUGGGGGGGGGGGGGGGCAUAAUAUGGGAUGCAGGAAAAACAUGAGGUCCCAUUUUACUUUUAUUGUUUAUCGUUACCUUUAUAUCCCACCUUUACAUAAAGGAGCUCAAAGAUGUGUUUUAUCACAAUAACCCUGCAAGGCAGGUUAAGUUGAAAGACAGUCACUGGCCCAAUGUUGCUCAGGGAGUUUCAUGACUUGAAUGGGGAUAUGAACUUGGGUACUAAGCCAGGCUUGGAUGAGGAUGACAUCAUGUGGAUGCUGUGAAAAUCCUACAUGCAUGAGCUGCACCAAGUCCACAGUAAUCUGUAGUGUGGAAGGGCCCUGGGUGAAAGCUCCCCAUGCAUAUGGCUGUUUCCCCUGAGUCAUCAUUGCAAUAUCAUCAGUCACUAGCUUCAUGCCUUCAUAGCCACAAGCUUUUCUUAUAUUUGGACAGCUUCCAUUUUAUUCCCAGUAGUUUUGCACUUUGCUUGGCCCACAUCUGCAAAUUCAUACAUGUCCUUUCGUCCUCCAGAGACGAGAAGUCGCAAAGACGGUUUUCUGCCUAGUUGUCAUCUUUGCCCUUUGCUGGUUUCCUCUCCAUUUGAGCCGGAUCUUGAAGCAAAUGUUGUAUUCCGAAAAAGACCCUAAAAGAUGUGAAUUGCUCAGGUAUGGUUUUAAAUUUGGGUUGUAUGUAAUGUGCCGAGGGGGCAGGUGAAUAGAGUAGCCUGAGAAGCCAAUUGGCAUCAGCGCAUGUGCAACUGUGGAAAUGGAUAUUUGAAAGCUACUUGUUUUACAUUUCAUGCAAGAUGGUUGGUGGGGCAUUAUUGGUUCGACUCCAUAUUGCUUUGGCCACUUGUCUCUACUUCUUUAUUGCUUCUAGUCAAACAACUGAAUCGAUUCCUCCCUGAUUAGCUAUGUCAGCAGGAUUUAGUGCAGACUGUAAAAAAGCAGACAUCUCUUUUCCACAGAUCAUUAUCCAGGUCACACAGAAGCAUUUCUUAUUAUUCCUAGUAUUAUUUAUAGAGCUAUCAGUGUACAUCGCGUUUCGUAAUGUGGCACAUUUGGAUGUCGAAACGCCGCUGUGUGUAGCCAAACCUGAAGCUCAUCAUAUCCAGGGGAAAAUGUGGAAAGCGCUCCAUCUAUGAAGUGCUUGAAGACACGCACAGUAUUGUGGCUCCAGACACACAUUUCGUGAAAGGAAACAUAAAAGCACAUAAUAAUAUUACAUCGCAAUUGGCCUUCAACUACUUGCAGUCAGACACUGAAAAAUAAAGGCACACCCAAGGGAUCACUGCGUUCCUUUGCAGUCACCAAGAUGCUUGCAUGAACUUGUCCUGUUCAAAUAGUUUAUUUUAAAAUACCCUCUUUUUAUCUUACAAUAAUGGCGAUUAAAAGGCUAGGUCAGGUUUUCACAUCCCAGAGCAUACUUUAUCUGGCCCUGUUUUAUUUCUUAAUUAUUUCACCUAUUUACAUACAGCUUGAUAUUCAGGAUUUCUAAGUGGUGUACAGAUUUAUAUUUUAAAAACCCAACCCCGACUCUGAGCUCUUGCUGUUGCCGAUGCUCUCCAUCUUUCUCUUCUAACCCCUUACUGUGGUUAGCACAGGGUUAUUUAUCUAAUGAAGGUUGUAGCCAAUGGUUAUGUACACAAAAGGCAACUUGCACAAGCUUUCCCUUCUCUUCCCCUCUUGUAGCCCUGAAAAGCCUCUCCAGGGUGUUGGGUUACCUGCUGAAGAGCAUGGCGCUGUGGACCAGGGACAUGCCUGAGUGGGCUCCACUAGCGCAUGAUCCCUCUACUUGGUUUUGUACAACAAGACCUGUGUGUGUGUUUGUUUGUUUGUUUGUUUGUUUGUUUAUCUAUCUGACUUAUUUGUCACUUGCUACGAAAACAUCUCCAAGUGACUUUUAAAAGAUCAUAACAUAACAUAACAUAACAUAACAUAACAUAACAUAACAUAACAACAUUACAUAAGACAUUAAGUACCCCGUAACAGGCCCAGAAAAACUGCAAAAAAACUUUCAUAGCACAUUGCAUUUCACCAAUACACAGCAACCUUUACAGUGGUACCUCGGGUUAAGUACUUAAUUCGUUCUGGAGGUCCGUUCUUAACCUGAAACUGUUCUUAACCUGAAGCACCACUUUAGCUAAUGUGGCCUCCUUCUGCCACCGCGCCACCAGAGCACAAUUUCUGUUCUCAUCCUGAAGCAAAGUUCUUAACCCGAGGUACUAUUUCUGGGUUAGCGGAGUCUGUAACCUGAAGCGUAUGUAACCUGAAGCAUAUGUAACCCGAGGUACCACUGUAUUAUAGUCCACCAAAUGCCUGGGAGAAGAAAUAUGCUUUUACCUAGCGCUGAAAGGUUUUAAAUGUUGGCACCAAGCUCUGUGCAAGUUCUCCACAGCUGACAGACACUUCUUAAUACUAAUUUAUGCAUGUGUCACAGUCUAAUUUCAAACAGGACACAUAUUCUGUAUGAUCAUAUUUUUUGCUAGGUAGGUACCCAAGAAGGGAUUUCACAAAGCUAUAUGUAAUAUGCUCCCAGAAUGAAAAAGGUUGUAAUGUUUUGCUUUCUUUUUUAACCCUAGCUUUUUGUUGACACUUGAUUAUAUCGGCAUGAAUUUAGCGACCAUAAAUUCCUGCAUAAACCCUAUAGCACUCUAUUUUGUCAGCAAGAAGUUCAAAAACUGUUUCCAGGUAAGGAUUGUGAUGUAUUAUAAGGAAGGAAAUUAAGCUGUCAAAAUAUGUAUCUAAGGGAGAAAAUGUGAAAGAGUAGCAUUAUUUCUUCCCACCCACUGAUUGGUCACAUAACCAAUGGGAGACCCAUGAGAAUCUUUUAGUCAUAACGCAUGAAACGAUCCACUCAUGCAACAUUCAGCAACAUUUGCCUGAACUUGUUAUUGUUUGCCUGAACUUGCCUAUAUGUUAUUCCUGAAAGGCAAAUUUUAGAAUACUGUGCCUCGCUUUUAGGCAUUUGGAUUGGGGAGGGGAGUGUAUUGAGGGAUUUAUUCCACAGGGCAAUAGAAUUUUGUGGUUUUAUGAAUUCUGUGGUCACUUCAUAGAUUAUUACUUCUGGUGCAGAAAUUUAUGGUAAAAAAAGUUGUAGCAUGGCUCUCAUUUGGCUCUUCAGUAAAUGAGCAGGAGUUAAGAACUUGAGCUUUCCACACUACAGAUUUUGACCUCAACUUUACACUGGAGGGUUGUAAAUUCACCCACAUCCUUUCCUUUGUGAGAUACAGCUUCCCAUAGAGAAAAUCCACUCCCGAGCUUUUCAUAAAGAGCUAAAGUGAAGGAGACCCCAGGAAUGUUGCACUAUCAUGUCCAGACUGUGCCCAGUGUAAUCAAUUCAGUCUUUGCCUAUUUCUUCUGCAAUUUAGUCCGCUUGACUUGUCCGCCAGAUUCCUUCUGCUGUCAGAUUUCAUAACAAAGAGGAUAAUCCUCUUUUCACCAACCACUUACUUCUGUUCAAAUAAGCCAGCCUCCUCAGUCUUGAGGAACCUGUUUCAUUUGGUGGGAGAGAGAAUUAGCUGAAAUGCUCAUCACAUUUGUGUAUGUUGUUUGUGAAAGUAUCCCUUGUGCUUUGAUUGGUAGUUAACUGUUCUCAAGGGCCAUAUUUUCAAAUCUUCCCACUAUAACAAAGCCAUAGCUGUCAAUUUUUCCCUUUUUUUAAGGAAAAUUCUCUUAUUCCAAAUAGGAUUCCUCACAAGAUAAGGGAAAAGUUGACAGCUAUGAACAAAGCUCUCCAGGAUGAACAGCAACAGGGAUUGAUAUAGGAGUAUAGGAAGGAUGAGUAAAUAACAGCAUGCAUGUUUUAUAUUGCAAUCUAUAUGAAUAUGGUGAAACAGAUAAGAUACAAAGUUAGGUGCACUAAAGCUCACUGAAACCAGUGAGCUUAAAUGUGGCCCAAUCUCUAUUCAGCUUAUGGCAUUAAUUCUUUGGUAUGCUUAUUUGGAGAUCUUUUAAUAGCAAACCAAUAAAUAUUGGUCCAGCUGGUAUGCAGAAAUGUCUUGAACAGUUUACUUAGGAAAAGCUAAUAUUGAAUUCAAUACUUUGACCAAAUUGGGACUGUAGAAUCCAGGCCCUGAUGUACUUACAGAGUGACUCAAUUCAGACAUUGCACCAAACCAUGACUAAGGAAGCUUACUUAUGAUAUGAUAUGAUGUGAUGUUUGUAUUGACAUACCAUGGUCUAUGGUUGACUAGCAAACCAGAAACAGACACCAUAUUCUGAAGUAGUUUUGCAAACCAUGGUUUGUGCUAACUGUGAUUUGGUGUAAUGUCUAAAUGGGCAAAUGGCGAUUGCAGCUGCUGCUUUGCCUCCAGAGAAUGCAAUGUCAUUAAGACAAGGGUCACCUUCUGACAUUGACUUCUAAGAAGAUAUAAAAUGGAAGUACUAAAUUAGACUUUUCUAACCUGUUGUUUUUGACUACAACACCCUGAUCGUAAUCCUUGACUUCUGGUCCUGUUGGCUUGGGCUGGUGGAGCUUUUGUCUAAAACAUCUACAGAGCAUGAGGUUGGGGAAGGUUGCUCUAAACCAUGGUUUGCAUGCUGUAUAUUUAGAAGUUGAAGCCAUGGUUUGGGUUCCAAACUAUGGUUGGUGCAAACCAUGGUUUAGCAUGUUGUCUGAAAUAUGCCUAUAUUUAGUAUCAUAAGAAAAAACAAUCCAGUAUUUUAGAAAUCUAAUUCUGCCCCUGCCCUGGAAGCUUCUGCUCUCCACUGAAGACAGGGGAUGAUCCUUCAUAAAGGAAUGGAAUAUUAACAUGGUUUGGAAUCUUUCUCUUGCCAGUCAUGCUUUGGCUGUAAGUGCUACCAGACAGGGAGUCAAGUAUCAUCUGUUCCUAUGAACGGAACAAGUAUUCAGUGGAAAAACAACGAACUGAACAAUCAUUACACAGAACGGAGCAUCCAUAAAGACAGCUUAAACUGAUGUUUGGUGGAGACUGCACUUUGCGAUGGGUGAAAGCAAAAACGGUGUACUGCAGCUUUAUAAACAGAAAAACAAUCUGGGACUCAAUAAGCACAUUUCAUUUGAAGGCUCAGUGCCCUAGCACUUAAGUCCAAAGAUGACCAAAGCGUCCACAAGUGAAGCUCUGUACAGAUUUCUAAAUGGUAGCAAGAAAGCUUUGCCCUCCCCCUUACAAAGAAAUUCAUAUUUUGGUGAAAACAAGAAGAAUCUGCACAGCGUCCUGCAAACUAUCUGCAGACUCCAGGUGGACAUUCUCAGUAAGUGUAUUGUGCAUGCUGCCGUUUUGAAGAAUUUCGUAAGUCACUGUGAGUCAUGAUGGAAUUGUUUUGAAAGACUGACAAAAUGUAGGACCUAUAGAUGCCCUGUGUUCCCAUUCUCUUGACAUGAGAUAGUUUAGUAAGUGUAUUCCACAUUUUAAAGCAUGUUUAGCCAGAAGCCUUUUUAAUAGCAGGGGCCAGUGAGGCAGGGCAGGUGGGCUUCCAUUGUCCUCCUGGCUUUCCAACACAGCAGGUCACUGAUGUUACCAAGAGGGGAGGAAUGAGGCAAAAAGAGCUUGGUGCAUUACAAUGCCUGGCAAUGGGGGCAUCAGAUUGGCCCCACUGCCACACACAACACUGCAGCAAUCUCCCCAUGCCUUUUGCAUUCCCUCUCAGUAAGCCAGAAGAAAUGACGCAUUGACGGGAUAAUUGUCUUUUGUGUACAUUGUUAGAUGUUUAGGAUACAGAUUCAGGGCCAAAAGGUACUGAAAUAAAAGAGAUAUGCAGACUCCUUAUGAACCAGGUAUAUUUGUAUAUAUCAAUCAGCAAAAAUGUGAAAUCACAUUUCAAGACCCAUUUGCUAGCCAUGUUUUCAUUUUUCUUAUUUGACGAUGAGCCUUAUACUCUAAUCAUUCCCAAACUUGGGUCUCCAGCUGCUGUUGGACCCAGUGGUCAGGGAUGAGGGAACUGUAGUUGAAAAACAGCUGAAGACCCAUGUUUGGUAAGCCCUGCUCUAAUCUGAUAGAAUCUGUUAUGGGGGAAAUCAAAAUGGGAAUGCCAUAGUACUUCUAAUUUCUAUCAUGAAACAAGUGGAAGCGAGAGACUUUUGCUGAACUAUUGCAAAUCACCUCAGUCUGCUUUCUGUCCACCCCACCUAAAGAGUUCCAUAAGAUUGUCUUCUGAGGCUGUGCUCUCUAGACUCUCAUUAAAUCAAAUGUGCUUUGCUAGUGCCAGAGAAGGGGCUUUUCUUGCGGCAGGACCAAUAUGUGCUUUUAAGGUUGCAAUCCUAUGCACAUUUGUGUUAAGAGUAAGUCUCCGUGGGACACCUCUGAGUAGGUAUGCAUAGGACUGUGUAGUAAACAUUUGAAAACAUUUUAAUUCUGUGAAUAGCAUUAUGAAAACAUUUAUUCAGGAGUUAUUAACUUUUGCAUGCUGCCCUGCUUACUUGUUUGAAACUGCUUUUUAUCUUAAUCUUUUUUCUGCUUUCAUGGUUGUAUUUUGAAGUUGCCUUGUAAUUAUUUUUUUUAAGACAGGGAAUUAAAGUUUAAAUAACUAUAUACACAUGCACUUUCCCUACACUGUUUUUCCUAUUUAAAUUAACUGCUUAAGGCUACUCAGGCUGCUCUGGGGUUCCUGUACAUUUCCCCCCAUGGGUCAAAGAGCAGCAUUGGAGCGUCUAUUUAGAUAGGGAAAACAGCUCAGGCAGGAAAGGUAAACCUCCCUUCUCCAAGACUGUGCUCCUAUUCUAGUUUGGUGCUGCCUAUGCCUGCUCUGAACUUAAAAAUCUGGAGGCCCUGAUAGCAGCCCCCCCCCCCCAAUUUCAUUUAGUUGCACCCUAAUCCACCAGUUCAGCCCAGCUCAUAUGAGUAUUGUAACAUGAAUGGGGAACAUGCAUCCAAGCAUGCCUUGGCAAAAUAUUGUUUUUGUGGCCAAAUCCCUCGUGGUGGAAAACCAGGGUGAGUGAUGGUGGGGUUGAUUUAGACUAGAUUGAAAUUUGCACAAGGCUUCUUAAUAAAAAUAAAACAAGAAAAAAUCCCUAACAAAUACAAGGAACUCCUGAAAGUAAGUCCAUUGCAAAAGCAUUUUCUAUAUCCUUCUUUGCUCCUGUUGUUUGUGCAUCAAAAUCCCCUUUUGAGUACAACAGUGAUAGAAAAAAAAAUGCUAUCUCCACAUUGCUUUAGACCAUGCAGUAUUUCAGUUUUGCUACAAACCAUUCUGCUCCCCUCGGUUUUGCAGUACAUAUCCAGCUCACAAUGGCUCCAGAUCUUAUUGUCUGAUAUGUGAGUCCUAUUAGCUUUAGUGGGAUAUACAAAUAAGUAAUGAAGGUUGCAGCCAAUAUGUUCAGAAUUGCACAGGGAAAUCCUGAAAUCAGUCCCAACUGUUAUUACCUCUUCUGCACAUGAGUUGGCGGGGGGGGGGGGUUGGUCACUUCAGGCAUAUUCCAUUGUUCGGAAUUCAUUUGCAACAAUUAUAAAUCAGCCAGACCACUGCUGUUGGCAAUGUAGCAUUUUAAAGGUGUUAAAUUUUGAUAUCUUAUCAGUUUCCCACUUUGAAUUGAUGUAUGUUGCCUUGAGCAUCUCCUGAAGGAACCGGCAACUCACAAAUACAAUAACAACAAAAAAGUGAUAUUUGAAUCCGUGUAACUGCAUAAUAACAUCCUCAUCAUUGUCAUAACCUCUACCAUGCGGCAGGGGUUCUUUUUGGCUGCUAUUGCCAUACAGGUAGCAUUUUAUUAGCCAUCAAAAUGUAUUACAUCUAGCAGUGUAGUAUACAAUAUGCAUGCUACAGGAAAACUGCCAGGAGAUUCAUAGCACCUGUGAUGCCUAGCUGAGGAAAAUAGCCAUGUGAAUCUGAACAUUCAGCUGUAUUUCAAGUGGAAGACACAAUUCUGUGCAUAAUUUACUAAGUCAGAUGCAAAUCAAUGGCUGGCCUAACUUUGUGUUGGGUUUAGGCCAAAGUGCCUACAGUUAAAUCUGCUAAACAAUUCCGAAAAGCUUUACAGAUAGAGUGUAAUAUUGUAAUAUGUAUGUAUGUAUAUAUAUAUAUUUAACUAUCCUGUGUAAAUGUCUAUGUAUUUUUAUGAGUGCUUAUUUUCAUGGCUUCUGUCUGUUUGUAUACAUAUGUAUAUGUUCAUGAUUUCAAGCAAAAUAGUAAUGUGUAAUUUUUAAUAGGAACAAAAGUUUUUAAAAAUUGUAUUCUAAACAGCCUACGCAUAACACUGUAGGAAUAUAAAUAUCCUUAUAUAGUGACAUAAAUAACCUUUUCUGGUUCCGAGACAGUGGAGUCAACUUCAGUGUCAAUAUGACAGGACGUGCAAUGUGCUAACAAUUUGAUUUCUCUAGAGAGCCAUUUAUACUCCUGAUUUUACCACUUCACAUUGCAGUGGUUUACUAGAGCCAUGAGUAGAGUGAAAUAUUUGAUUUUUCAUUCCCCCCUCCUCCUUUCCUCAGCCCUUUGAAAGCCUACAUUUCCAUUACCACAGUUCAGGAAACCAUAUUUCUGUUACCACAUUUCUAAUUGUAAUAAAAGGACUGUAUAUUCUUCGUGCU